UCGUUACGGUAAAUAUUGAUACGACCUUGCGCACCGAAUAAUUCGUUCUCGAUAAUAGUAGAAAAAUCAGCGAUAAUAGAAAGAAGACAAAAGCAAAGUCUCACCGAGCGACGUUGAUCGCGUCGGCGGAUCAAUUUGCGCAUUAUUGGCGUUAGCGAGACAAUCCAAUGAAAAGCGCAGGAUGAGCUCAUUACUCAUGUGUUUCAUUUUCAGCGAGCUAUGUACAUUCGUUCCCUCAUAUUUUCGCCUCGUUCGCACGACGGGGAAACACCGACGUUAAUGAUUUCUCAACGGCGAUGCUACUUACACGUGAACGUUGAAGUGAUCUUGAAUAACCUUCAGUAAGACCAAGGUUAUCAUCUAAUGCAAACAUUUUUCACUAAUUAAUGAUUUACUUCGGAGAUAUUAGUCUGAAGCGAUUAAAAUUGAGCACCCCGUAUACUUCGUGAAGUGUAUCCAAAUAUAUUCUCAUAGUAUAUAUAUACAUCUAGUUUUCUAUCUCAAACUUUACAUUUCUCUUUCAGUAUCUGUAUCAAGUCACUUCAAAAGAUGUAUCUAUUACAUCACUGCAUAUAUAGAGACAGAUGUCUAUGAUGAUUAGGGUUUAAAACGUUGAUAACAACGAGAUGAUAACGACGAAGACGCGGGAACGUCGAUUCAUUCUCAUCGUUUCUCGACAGCGCGCGUUCGCGUUUAUUUUCAUCGCGUCGACGCGAAAUUCGCUUAUAAAAGUAAUCCGCCAGUCUCGCCGUCGCAUCGCUGCGACGACGCGAUCUUAAUGGCUUUACGAUCCCUGACCUGGUCUCUUUUCGACAUACGAGACGAGACAGACAGACACUCGCGCGACGUCGGCGUUCGCUCUCUUUCUCUCUCGCUCGCAUUUAUUUCGUUGCUGCGCCUCCACCGUUAACCGUGUGAUAAUUCCAUUGCGUAAUCAAUGUAUGCGAUAACGUUUCUUGUCCACCUUGACCAGUUGUUAACCACGCGCGGAAAUAAUUAAGUCUUUUUGCAUAAUUGGAACUGCGAAAUCGCUUUCCGAAAUAACUCUUUCAACCUCGCCUCACCGAAUAACGUUCGUUUCUUUAUCACCACGUCUCUCACAUUACUUUUAUCGGAGUGGAAGCUAGUAGCCGGGCGAGUCCGGCAAGGAGGAGCGAUGAAGGAGACGUUCCACGGGAAUCCUGCGAAAAAUCGGUUUUCGCAAACAAUUCCUUCUCCUCCUCCUCCCCGAGGAGACCCACGAGAUGACAGCUUCUUCUUCGGGAAAGCUGCUUCCAAUGUGUCGUCAUUCGAGAGGUGUGACGACACCGGUUCAGCGCAUGAGGGAAUUAUGAGGAUAGAAAAGCCGAGACACGUGACACACGUGAAGCGGUUGCGUGCUGUCGGCGAACGCUACGCGAGGUACACACAGUUAUGCGAUCGGUACCUGAGCUAAAGAGCAGAACUUUACCGAGCUUCUAACGUAAUUUCUUGACCAAUCCACGGCCGACGUCGACGAGUGGGAUAUCUUCGGGCCGCGGAUGCAAGGAGCGCGAGUAUUUAUAUCCUUCGCCAAUCCGGAAGACGUCGACAGACGCGCGUGUGGCCUUAACAGAUGUGAAAUCAACGGUGCCGCGCUUCCGAAUGGAUCCGAUCCGCGGUGGAUCCUACCGAUAAGGAUUUUUCCAAGUUCGCGAUAUCGCGAGAGGGAGAGAGAUCGAGAAACGGAUUAAUCGGUCGGAUUAAAAUCGCGAGUGACCAUGUCGGCGACGUUCGCUUGAGAUGCAGUGUUAUCGCCAUGAAAACAGGAUUACUAGCCUUAGGAGGUUUAACGGGAGUGCUUAGAAGCUUAGAGACGAACUCUUAAGUAUUGGGGAGAUAGCGACAGUCCUUCCUUCUCUCUCUCUCUCUCUCUAUCUAUCUCUUGUUUUUAUCUUUCUUUAUCCUAGGUAGGGUAUCGCGAUCGUUAGUUCUCGCGAUCGCGGAUCACGAUUCUCGAUAUCUUAUCACGAAGUAUUUGCGAACGAAGAUAGAAUGAAGAUUGCUUCCCUCCGAGAGGAAGAUUACUACUUGAAGAUGCUGGCCUGAGACUUACGACUUCGAGUAGUCCGGAGAACAGUUUCGUACGACGAUUAGUGCCGCCGUAUCAUCGUGGGAGAGAAAUAAUUUCUUUCGCGCCUCUCUCUCGCUUCUCUUCUUUUCUUCUUCUUCUUCUUCUAUCGCCUGGUACGACGCAGUCCCGCCAACAUGGCGAAAAUAGAGGAUAACGCUUAUAAAGGGAAUGGAUACACCAACGAGGCAUUCCAGCUGGAGGACACUCUGCGUUACGACUCGAAGGAUACAAUUCCACCCGAUCGGCGAGCGGAACAACCGGAAAAACCAGUAGAGGCGGAAUGGGGCGGUAGACUGGAGUUCCUGAUGGCCUGCAUAGCCACUUCCGUCGGGCUCGGGAACGUCUGGCGGUUUCCGUUCACCGCCUACGACAACGGAGGCGGCGCCUUCCUCAUACCCUACAUCAUAGUCCUGAUCUUGGUCGGGAAACCGUUCUACCUGCUGGAGGCGCUACUGGGACAGUUCACCGGCAGAUCGUGCGCGAAGUCGUGGUCGAUGACGCCGGCCAUGAAGGGUUUGGGCUACGCUCAGGCGUUCGCCUCGUUCUGCGUCGUUUCGUACUACUGCGCCCUGAUGGCACUGACCUUAUACUACCUGGUGGGGAGCUUCCAGCCGGAGUUACCGUGGUCGAUCUGCCGUCCGGAGUGGCAGGGUUAUUGCUUCGACAAGGCGACGAACGGCAGCGGAACCUCCGGCAACCUGUCGAGUUCGGCGGAACUCUACUUCCGGAAGGUGGUGUUGCAGGAGUACGAGUCCAUCGAGAACGGCAUCGGCCCGCCGUCCUGGCAGCUGUCGAUAUGCCUGCUCCUCAGCUGGGCCUGCAUCUUCGGUGUCCUGUGCCGCGGUGUCAAGAGCACCGGCAAGGCCGCUUAUUUCCUCGCCAUAUUCCCGUACGUCGUAAUGACGGCCUUGCUGAUCCGAGCGGUCACUCUCGAGGGCGCCGUCGACGGCAUCCUCUUCUUCAUCACGCCCCGCUGGGAAGACCUGUGGAGACCCGCGGUCUGGUACGCCGCGAUUACUCAGUGCUUCUUCUCUCUGUCCGUCUGCUUCGGGCCGAUCAUCAGCUAUUCGUGUUACAACAACUUCGGCCACAAGGUGGACAGAGACGUGAUGAUAGUGACCACGUUGGACACGUUCACUAGCCUGAUGGCCGGCUGCACGAUCUUCGGGAUCCUCGGUAAUCUCGCGCACGAGAUGAAGGCGCAGGACAUCUCGAAGGUGGUGAAGGGCGGCACCGGUCUGGCCUUCAUCUCGUAUCCGGACGCGCUCUCGCGCUUCACCUUCGUGCCGCAGCUGUUCUCCGUCUUGUUCUUCUUCAUGAUGUUCGUCCUCGGCAUGGGCAGCGCUGUCGCUCUCUGCGGCGCGGUCUUCAGCGUCUUCCGCGAUCAUAUGCCCAACGUGAAGCAGUGGCUACUGGUGCUCUGCGUCAGCUGCUUCGGCUUCUUCGUCAGCUUGGUCUACAUCACUCCGGGUGGUCAGUGGUUCGUGACGUUGGUCGACUAUUACGGCGGCACGUUCGUCGCGAUAAUCGUCGGCGUCCUCGAGAUAGUGAGCAUCUUCUGGGUGUACGGUCUGCCGAGCUUCCUCAACGACAUGGAGUUCAUGCUGGGCAAGAGACUGAACAUCUACUGGCGACUCUGUUGGGUCCUGAUCACGCCUCUGCUCAUGAUCGUCAUUCUGAUCUACACGAUCGUCACUUACGAGUCGCCCAAGUACGACGACCAGCGAUUUCCCGAUUACGCUUACGGAAUGGGAUGGUUCCUCUUGGCUCUCGGGACGUUCCCGAUAGCGUUUUGGAUCUGCAAGAAGACGAUCGCGAAUCGAUCCUCUUCUCUCAUAGAAUCUGUCAAAUCGGCCUUCCGGCCGGCGGAGGGUAAGUGGGGGCCCAAGGACCCGAAGACACGCCACGAGUGGGAGGACUUCGUCGCGCAGAAGAGCUACGGAACGGCUGGCUCGAAAUUCCAGUUUUCACGGAGCGAUUUCACCGAGCUGUUUUGUAAAUGACGAAGAACCUAGUUUAUUAUUAUUUAUAUUUCCCUGUACUAUAAAUAAAAGAUCAGACGUAUUUA